AAACAAAGAGAACCAUAAAAAAUGGCGAUGAAGCAGCUUCUCUCUCUAGCUCGCCGGCCGCCCAAGCCUGCUUCUUCUUUCACCAUCGCCCGAUCGUCUUCCUCCGCCGCUUCUCCUCUCGCUUCUACUGCCUCUGCGGAAUCUAAAGAGAUCUCCCCUCCUCCACCAACCGCCAUGAUCUACGACCGCUUAGCCCUCUCCGUUAAAGAAAAGCUCCAAAAGCUCGAAAACCCAGAUUCCCGUUUCCUCAGAUACGGUUCCCCUCACCCCACCCUGGCAUCCCACGCGCACAUCCUGUCUUCCCCCGAAACCAAAAUUACUACUUUGCCCAACGGCCUUCAUGUCGCCACCGAAUCUACUCUGUCUUCCCGCACGGCCACUGUUGGGGUCUGGAUCGAUGCAGGGUCGAGAUUUGAGACCGAUGAGACAAAUGGGACUGCACAUUUCUUGGAGCAUAUGAUAUUUAAAGGUACGGAGAAAAGGUCCGCGAGGGAACUGGAGGAAGAGAUUGAAAAUAUGGGAGGGCAUUUGAAUGCUUAUACUUCUAGGGAACAAACGACUUAUUACGCCAAAGUCAUGGAUAAAGAUGUCUUUAAAGCGUUGGAUAUAUUAGCUGAUAUUUUGCAGAAUUCGAAGUUCGAUGAACAUCGAAUUAAUAGGGAAAGGGAUGUAAUUCUAAGGGAAAUGGAGGAGGUUGAGGGUCAAACAGAAGAAGUUAUUUUUGACCAUUUGCAUUCAACUGCUUUCCAAUACACUCCUCUUGGUAGAACUAUUUUGGGACCUGCUGAUAAUAUUAGGACAAUAGCCAAAGGAGAUCUGGAGAAAUAUAUUCAGACACACUACACUGCUCCAAGAAUGGUCAUUGCCGCAUCUGGAGCUGUUAAACAUGAGGAGGUUGUUGAGCAAGUAAAGAAGUUGUUUACCAAGUUAUCAUCUGAUCCAACCACUGCUUCUCAGCUAGUUGUGAAAGAUCCAGCCGCUUUUACUGGUUCUGAGGUGAGAAUAAUCAAUGAUGAUGUUCCUCUAGCACAAUUUGCAGUUGCCUUUGAGGGUGCAUCUUGGACAGAUCCAGACUCCAUCGCUCUAAUGGUUAUGCAGGCAAUGUUGGGUUCAUGGAGCAAAAAUGUUGGUGGUGGAAAGCACAUGGGCUCUGAUCUGGUACAGAAAGUUGCCAUUGAUGAAAUUGCUGAAAGCAUGAUGGCAUUCAACACUAACUAUAAAGAUACUGGUCUUUUCGGUGUCUAUGCUGUUGCCAAGCCUUAUUGUUUGGAUGAUUUGGCUUAUGCUAUCAUGUAUGAGAUAACCAAGCUAGCUCAUCGUGUUUCAGAAGCUGAUGUCAUUCGUGCUCGUAAUCAGCUAAAGUCAUCGUUGAUGCUUCACAUGGAUGGAACUAGUCCUGUAGCUGAAGAUAUUGGGCGCCAGCUACUUACAUAUGGUCGGAGAAUCCCAUUUGCUGAAUUAUUUGCUAGGAUUGAUGCUGUUGAUCCAAGCACUGUUAAACGUGUUGCAAACCGAUUUAUAUAUGACAGGGAUAUUGCAAUUGCUGCAAUGGGUCCUAUACAAGGUUUGCCUGAUUACAACUGGUUCAGACGGAGGACCUACUGGAACCGGUAUUAGAUUAUUUUGUUACUUGGUCCUUUGUUGGAAAAAUGAGACAACUAUAUGGUAACUUUUGCACAACCAAAAUCACUGGGAAAACACCAAGGUAGCACCAUUCUAUUUGAUUACUAGGGUUCUUGGUUCUGUAACUUCAUUGUUAUUCUGUAAUAAGGAAAUGGUGCUGUCAGUGGUUGUGCUGAGGAUCAUUGAGAAUUUGUUUCAGUUAAGCUAAAGGCACGUGAUGAUUCCCCAUCAUAAUGUUGAUAA